CCUCCUCUCCCUCACGCUCUGCAGUGCUAUGCUUCAGUUCCCUCACAUCAUUUGCCCCCCAUUGCCGAUUCUGCACCUGUCGCCAGACUCAGAUUUCAGGGAGGGUAGCGUUGAAUAACUCAGUUGUCUGUCGGGAGCAGCAACAACGAUGGACGAUGCUGAAGCGUUAGCGCGGUCCUCGCCGCCUCCGCAACAGCCUUCCCUUGCACGAUCUAACUCUCUCAACGGCCUCCCAAGCAACCAAAGAAGGGAUGAAACGCCAUCGUCGCAAGAUGACACUCCGUUUUCCGAAACCCUAACCAUACCCAUGUCCUCCUCUGAACCUCACUCUCAGCCAAUCACACGUUCCGAGUCCAACCCGGACACGCUCUCUCUCGCCCAAGCCACGUCAUUUCUGGUCCAAGCCACGUCAUCCCUGGAGCAAGCCACGUCAUCGAGCCUUCGUCUGUCCUCUCUGAGCGUCUCCCCGCUCUCCGUCCCCGAUUGCGAGCUAAGGCGGGUUCGCACGCAGCCGUGGAUUUCCACCAGCUGUGUCAGCGAAGCUUCGUCCGGGGCACUGUCAAAGGCUUUAAUCUCUCCGAAGAAAUUACCGAUCUCUCAGCAGCCUACUUAUUCUCCAAUCCGAGUCGCCGCUAGCUUGUCUGCUAGCGCCGGAAGCAACCUUAGAGGCACGGGGACUCCCCCUAGCGUUUCUGCGGGCGGUGGCUCCAGCGCUGCGAAACGGGCGAGUUCGGGUUACCAGAGCGCGGCGGAUUCGUUUCACCAGUGGGCGAACGGGCGGUUCGGCAAGCGAGUGGCGGAAUUUAUCCCUAAUUUCGCCAUCGCACUCACUAUCUAUCUCGCCGUGCACGCCUUCGUGCUCCCGUCGACACUCCCAAGGCAUCAGCGCUCUCUCCGCGCAGCCAAUCCCUCCGCUGUACGCUCCGGCGCCAAUCACCGCGACGGCGCGUCGUCAGGAGAGGCAUUCCCCGGGAUGGACGACUGGCCGGACGCGCCGAGCCUGCCACGUCGGCGCAUCCUGCGAGCGUCGGCGUCGUCGGACGAGCUGGUCGACGUGGAUGAUCUCGACAUGGUCCACAACCAGAACAUGCCGCUCCCUGAUUGGGCGAGACACAUCCCCUCUAUGACCAUCUUCUGCGCUCCGAAGCCGUACUUAAAUAUCCCAGAAGACCCGCAGCGCCGCGCGUUACUCUCCUGGCUGCGCCUCCGCCCCCAGCCUAAAGUCGUCCUCUUAGGAUCCGAUCCGAGCUUCGACCAGCUCGCGCAGGAGUUCCCAGGGUCGGUCUUCGUCGACUCGACUAUAGAUACUAAUUUCUACGGCGUGCCGCUUUUCCACGCCAUGGUCGCGCGCGCGCAAGCCGCGGACACUCCGCUCUCGAUGCUGAUCAACGGCGAUAUCAUCCUCCUCUCCGAUAUAGUCCCCGCGAUCGGGCGCGUGCAGGCGUUUUUUAAAGAGUGGAUCCUGACCGCGUCGCGAUGGGACGUGGCGGUGGAUUUUCCGUACUCGUUUGAGAAAGACGCGUGGCGGCGGAAGCCCGGGCCGGUGGGAAUGAUGGCGGAAGCGCAGCGCGAGGCGGAGAUCCGCCGGUUCGUGCGCCGUGAGGGGAGUCUGCACACUUAUGGCGGCGUGGAUCUUUGGGUUUGGAACAACGUCCCGAACGUUCCGCUUUUCUCGGCGCACAUGCCGCCGUUCUCGUUCGGGCGCGGGAAAUACGAUAACUGGUUCGUUCACGAAGCCGUGGCGAGCGGGCUGCGACAGGUGGUGGACGUGAGCGACGCAAUCACGAGCAUCCACGUGGCGCACACGUAUUCGCACAUCAAGGUGGAGGAGAGCAAGGCGGGCGGGCAUUUUUGGAGCACGCGGAAGAAGAGCAGCUGGGAGCUCUUUGCUAACAUACACUUAGCUGAGACCCACGGCACUUACACCAACCAGAAGGGCACGGCUCUGCACACGCCCUGGCGGCUCUCGUCCUGCUACGAACCCGAUUCUCUGAACAUCUGCAUGCUCAAACGCGAGAGACCAGCCAACUGCUCGUGCGAGUACUCAGCCUACGAGUACAAGACCCAGUCGGACCCCCGCAAGCACCACUCGGGCGACUUCUGGGUGUGCGGGGUGGUCUCCAUCGACCGCCGCGCCGACUUCGCAAUCAACGCCGUGGCCCGCACCAACUCCACCGUCGGUCUCCCCCACACCAUGGAGCAGCUUCUCCCACAGCUAGCCAGGGUCGUCCCGGACGAGCCGUUGUCUCGGCAGGUGAAAGCUGGAUCGACGGCAGCAGGGAAGGCUGCUGGGGUGGGGAGCCUGCCUAAGGACCUGAAGGUGGUAACACUCGUUGCGGUUACGUUUGGCUACGCGGAAAUGCUGAUGAAUUUCGUGUGUAACUUACGGAAGCUCGGGCUCGGGGACAACCUUGUGGUUGCCGCGCUCGACGAGGACUUGUACCGAUUCGCAUUCACCCAAGGCCUGGCGGUGUUUUACGAGCGGGCGAGUACGACUAUGAGGGGGAUAGAUCAGGGUCAGUGCCAGUUUGGCACCAAGUGCUUCCGCCAAUUCACAAAGCUCAAAUCGCGUGCCGUGCUUCGGGUUCUCAAGGCCGGGUACUCCGUCCUCUGGUCCGAUGUGGACAUCGUAUGGUUCGCCGACCCUCUCCCGCACCUGCUGUCGUACGGGCCUGGCACGUUCCCGAUCCAGAGCAACGAGCCUAACGCCACGCUGCCCGGCACGGGCAUCCGGCGGAUCAACUCGGGGUUUUACUUCGCGAGGGCGGAUCCGAUGACUGUGAAGGCGUUUGAGGCGAUCGUGGCACACGCAGCCAAGACGCAGCUGUCCGAGCAGCCGAGUUUUUAUGACGUGCUUUGCGGGGAUAAUGGCGAGCUGCUGCUUCCAGGAAGCGUGGCGGAUGCUGGAGGGAGGAGGGUUCAGCGGGAGGAGUGUCAGUGGAGCAACGGGUUGAGGACGAUUUUUCUCCCGAGAGAUAAGUAUCCGAACGGGGCUGUGCAUGAUUUCUGGAACCAGCCGAAUGUUGCGAAUGCGUGCAGCGGGUGUACGAUUCUGCAUAAUAAUUGGAUUUCGGGGAAGGAGGCGAAGAAGGACCGGCUGGUGAAGAAUAGGUUUUGGUUUUACGACUCGUCACGGCGCAUGUGCAUCCAUGACUGGCAUGCGAUGCUGAGGGAGAGGUUUGGGGAUGAGAUGGGCGUGGGGAAGAGCACGGAUGCUGCUUCGGGUGUUGGUCCAAAGAGCUGACAUUUUCAGGGGAUGUUUCUGUAGAGGUCUCUAUGACAUUCUCCGUGUGGGGGUGUUAGCCCUACCUUGUUUAUACUUCAGAUAUGGUAUGUAUGUGUUGAAUGUUCUGCAUAAUUAUUUGUAAUCAUAGUGUGGAAGAGUUC